CGCGUCGUACUCGUGCCCCGGAUGUUGAUCGAGCGCGUGAGACGGUGCCGGUGUAUUUUAACAGACUUAACGUUGUUAGUCGUCACAUGCACGCAAAACAGCACCAUGUCCAUGGACCUCACGUUCCUCGGGACCGGCUCCGCGUAUCCGUCUCCCAGUCGCGGCGCGUCUGCGCUGGUGUUGAGGACUGAAGGGGAAAGCUGGCUGUUUGACUGCGGAGAGGGAACACAGACUCAGCUCAUGAGGAGUUCUCUUAAAGCGAGCAAAAUCACCAAAGUGUUCAUAUCUCACCUCCAUGGUGAUCAUCUCUUCGGUCUUCCUGGUUUGCUGUGCACCAUCAGCCUGAACUCAAACCCCCAGCCGGAUCAGCCUCCUCCCUGCGUGGACAUCUACGGCCCGCGCGGGUUAAGACACUUCCUGCGCGUGGCGUUAGAGCUGUCCAGCUCCCAGCUGCUCUUCCCGUAUGCUGUGCACGAGCUGGAGCCGUCGGAUGAGCAGUGUCCCGCGGAGGGGCGUCUCAGUCCUGCGCUGACCGCCAGCAGCGAUACGCUCCACCCACAGGAGCGGCCCGGCAGAACCGUACAGCUGGACCCGCACACAGAGUGUUACCACCUCAUCCAGGACAAACAGUUUGUGGUUAAAGCAUUCAAGCUCUACCACAGAGUCCCAUCGUUCGGCUUCUCGGUGGAGGAGCGAGAGCGUCCAGGACGGUUAAACACAGACCUGUUGAAAGAACUAGGUUUGAAGCCGGGGCCUCUGUACGGGUGUCUGAAGAAUGGAGAGUCUGUGACUCUAGAUAGUGGACGUGUGUUGACCGCCGGUGAGGUGCUGGAGCCGCCGCUGAAGGGCCGGAAGGUGUGUGUGUUCGGGGACUGCAGCGCGCCGCUGGGGGAGGGGUUUAAGAGGGCGUGUCAGGGGGCGGAUGUGCUGGUGCACGAGGCCACGCUGGAGGACGGGCAGCAGGAGAAGGCCGUGGAACAUGGGCACAGCACUCCCAGCAUGGCUGCCGCGGCGGCGCUCGCCUGCGGGGCUCAAACGCUGGUUCUGCACCACUUCAGUCAACGCUACAAACCCCAAACACUGCGGCGAGACGGCGACGAUGACGACAUCACCGAACUUAAGAGACAGGCUGAGCUCGUGCUGCAGGGGUCACAGACAGAGGUCAUCCUCGCUGAAGACUUUCUCACGCUGCCUGUUGCGCUCAAGAAGAAUUUGUCCCAGUAAGACUCAUGUAUGGAUGUGUUUUUCUAAGAACUGUGUUUUAAUAAAGUCUGUCAGUUUUAUCAUA